AUGAUGAAGUUUCAGGAAGAGCAUUGUCGAUUUUACGUCAAAUGUAGUAAAUGUAGUGAACAGAUACCCAUAGUCAAAGAAUACAAAAAAGAAGAUGAAAAUUUGAUUCGAUGCCAACAUUGUAAAAACGUACUUUCUAGUCAAUCUCUGAACGAUUGGAUAAUUUAUAAGGAAGAGCUAUGGAACGGGCUACUAAUUGAUUAUUCCUAUUUUCACCUCAUUUCUUUAGAGAAAAAGAUAUAUAGAGAAGAUAAAGAACAAGAAUCAGACGAAACUGAGAAACUCAAUGCUAGUUGUGCACCCGGAAUUCGAUUUGAAGUCUCUGUCGAUUCUAAUAAAACUGUUGAGAUAGAAAUGGACGAACCCAAUUCUUCUGCCAAGGAGUAUAACAGCAAAAUCGCAAAAGAUAUUGGAACGGAGCGGAAAACUUUGGCAAGAGAAUUUGGAAUUGAUCAACGCGACAUCGACAAAAUUAUAGCUGAAAAUAAUGGAUCAGUUGACGAUCAAUGUGCGCAAAUGUUGAGUAUGUAUGCGAGUAGGAAAGGUCGGAGUUACACAAAGAGAGCAUUAGUUGAAGCACUCUUUAAAAGCGGGCUGCGCUCUGUAGCUGAAGAUCAUUCCAAAGCUGGCUAUCCAAAGGUAUCGAAUAACUGCCAAGUUAAUCAAGAUCAUGAUUUAACCUUGCCUGAAGUACCUGGAUUAAAAUUUCAUCUUCCAGCUCAGUGUAUAACAACUGAGGCCACCCUAACCAUGACUGUAUACUAUGCAGAUCCACCUUAUAAUCAAGGUUUACCAAUUCAGAAAGAUUCUGAUGGUAACCGCUUUAUCCAGUUAUCGCCAAUCGUUCGCCUCGAGCCGGAUGGGUAUCAAUUUACCCCUAAUAGCACAAGGAAAGCUUUACUUCAAGUCCCCGUUCCAUAUAUCAACCAGAUAGUUUCACUUAAGAAAAACAACAACUUUAAUAUCCCAAUAAAGAUCAUUUGUCGAAGCUACGGAUGUGAGAAGUGGGAACAGCAAGAUAUAGAGUAUGAAUAUAGCCGCGAUAAAAAUGGAUAUUAUUGCCUUACUUUUGCAGUAAGCCAUUUCUCUGAAUAUGCCGUCAUUUCCCGCGUCAAAUCUUUCAUUUAUUCAGCCUUCAAGUAUAUCUUGCCAUCUAGGCAGCAACGAAUUAAAACGUUAGCUUUCCUAUCCGAAAUAGACACAAGUGAUGAUACUGUCCAUAUGAAAUUAAUCUUAGCUAAAAAAGAUGUAGAUGAAACUGCUAUCUUGUCAGAUUUUCAUCAGGAAGUUAUUAGGAUACGUUUAGUUACGACUGGACUUGAAAAUACUAUUCUAAAAAAUGGUGAUUACGAAGCUAAAUUUAAGGAAGACGGUUUAGAUUGUCCGAAUGCUGAUUUAAAUAAUCGGAUAAUUACUAUCAAUUGGAAUGAGUAUAGCUAUCAUGCUAUCGAUUACGCUUGCAAGGUUAUCAAAAAAGCAGCUAUUAAUAUAGCUCAAAUCUCUCUAAAGCUUAAAGACCCGAAGCGAGACACCAAGGCAAAGAUUUGCUACUUGCGCAGAUCAAAUUCCAACAAGGUAAAUGAACAACAUCUAUAA